CCUCGCCGGGCAGUAGCUUAGACUCUACCUACAAGACAACACAUACACUAAAUGUUUCCUAACCACAAGUAACAAUUAAUUGUACAUUUAUUUUAUUUAAGGGAACACAAACUCUAUUUUUGUAACAUGCUGUAUUAGUAGUGCUUCGUGGAAUUUGUACGAUAUUAAAAAGGUGCGAGGCCACACGCGCGAUAUAUAACGGACGAGAAGACGACGACAGAAAGUACGAAAAAAGAUAGAAAGAUUUUCGCGAUAACUGGAAGAUCUAAGUGCGAAGGAAGAAGAAGAAGAAGAAAAGAAACACGAAGAGGAGGGAUAAGGAUAAAGGAAGAAGACGGUGUGAUUGGAAAGAUAGACGAGUGAAGGAUCGAAGAUAAGGACUUAAGGAAGACAGUGACCGAAGCGACGAGGACAACGAUAAAGGGAACAAUUCCGACGAAGACGGCAACGACGUGGAUAAGAACGAUCGUACCGCAACAGCAACCACUAUUGGUUGAAAACGAUACCGAAGUAGGUGAUAAUCUCGCGUAGUCUCUCCUGCUCGUUGUCUUAAUUCUCGGUGUAGCCUAACUGAUUCUCUCGAUGUGGUGCGUGUUUUAAUAACGAAUUACGACGUGGAGAAAAGUGUUCGACCAAUAGUAGUAGUGAAGUGUAUAAGCCGACACACCCUCUUGACACUCGACAUCCGUCUCAUAUCGCCAUCGGUUCAGGCUCUCUACCCCCUUCUUUCCUCAUCUUUCUCGCUCUUCCUCACUCCAUCCUUUGACUACAUUUACGUAGUACCGCGUGUACAUUCGGUCAUUGCAACAGAAAGCCGCACACACCACGUCCUUCUUUCUCUUUUUCUCCUCUGGCUCUUCCUCCCGUCUCAACCCCUCAGCUCACGUUUUCUCUUCCCUCUCUCUUUUUUUUCUUUCUCUUUCUCUAUCCAGAUCGUCCUACCGUCUUCUUUUUCUUCUUUCUCUUCUCUUUGCUGCAAAGUGAUUUAUUGUUGCGCUUGUCGCGUCGGGUUUUGUUGGUAUUAAAACUAUACCGACUGACUUUGACUUUAUUGCUGUCCCUUCGCAUCCAUAACCAUACAUACUGUACUUCGUCCUAGGUUCUACCCCCUCCUUGACAACCCCCCUCGUUCUACGAAGCGUCUCACCCACACUUAUAUUCAUCAUCUCUCUCUUCCUUCCUCACUCUUUUUCUGCCUCCGCUCCACCCCGGUUUAUCGGCCGAUCGGAGUGCAAAUUCGUUUCGUGACCGUGCUGUGUUGGUUCUUUGCUUGCAUCUGACCAGUGUCGAAGAGAUAUCGAAAAUCCGUGGGUGACGCUGCUUUAACGGUCGGGCAACAGCAGCCUGAAAAAACCAGUAACGACCUACAAGUACGAAAUAAGAGAAGAGAGAGGAGAGAUACACGCAUUACCCGUAAUAAUAGGACAACGGCAUAGCGUAUCGUUUCGAGCGGGCGCCACGAGCGAUAAGGCCGCUAACAUGUCCGUGAGAAUGGAAAACGUAGCCGCGCCGAGGAAGCUCAACUACAAAAUGAUGGGUACGAAUGGUCCUAGACCGGCGUACGUGGGUGCUAAUAAUGGUAAUGCCGGUGGCGCCGGGGGUGGCGGUGGUGGUGGUGGAGGCGGCGGCGGCGGCGCUACGGGCGGUGGCAUCGGUGUUGGUCCGGCGAGCGGCGGUGGCGGUGGAGGUGGAGGUGGUGGUGGCGGCGGCGGUGGUGGAGGCGGGCAUGGAUUGAAAGGGAACACCGGCGGCGGACCACGAGGUGGGAACCCUGUGCAGUAUCGCGCGAGCAGUGCAGCGGCUUGGGGCGCAGCGCCGCCCUCUCAUGCGGCUGCGGCUGCGGCUGCGGCGGCGGCUGCCUAUCCACCGUACACGCGGUAUCCAAGCGCAGCGGCUGCAGCUGCGGCGGGCCAGAUGCCUGUCGGAGCACAGCAACUACCGCCUACGGCGAAUCCUUACGCCACCGCCACCUACGCACAGCACGCGUCGUAUGGUGGACAACGGGUACCUACAGCUUCCUCUCCAGCUAACACUAAUAGUAGUUCCAGCAGUGCUACCGGCAGUCGAAGUGGGACAAUGAGUACAAGUCUUAGCAAUAAUGCUAUACAAGGACAACAGGCAGAACAGCUAUCAAAAACAAAUUUGUAUAUUCGUGGCCUCAAUCAAAAUACAACUGACAAGGACCUUGUAAACAUGUGUUCUCAAUAUGGAACAAUCACUUCUACGAAGGCAAUUUUGGACAAAAAUACGAAUAAGUGUAAAGGUUAUGGAUUUGUAGACUUUGAGUCACCAGUGGCGGCAGAGGGUGCUGUGAAAGCACUGGUCGCCAAGGGCAUCCAAGCGCAGAUGGCGAAAGUGGGUAUCUGGUUGCUCCCUAGACUGCCCAGUGUACGUUGGUUGUGCAUGCAACAACAGGAGCAAGAUCCCACCAAUUUAUAUAUUGCAAACCUGCCACUGAGCUUCAAAGAAAAUGAUGUUGAGGGUUUACUUGCUCAAUAUGGGCAAGUUAUUUCAACACGAAUAUUACGUGAUACUGCUGGACAAAGCAAAGGUGUUGGAUUUGCAAGAAUGGAAUCUAAAGAAAAAUGUGAACAAAUAAUCCAGAUGUUUAAUGGGAAGGCACUACAAGGUGCUAAAGAUCCCUUACUGGUAAAGUUUGCUGAUGGUGGUAAUAAAAAAAAAUCAUUGUACAAAAGUACAAUAUGGAGAGAAACUGGAGAGAAUAUCACUUUGAAUUAUGAUACAAGUGGUGUUGGUCAAAAUGGAGUUGCAACAACUCACAUGCUACCUGCAGCCACCUUAACACAAUAUAGUCGUCAUUACGGUCAAGCUUUACCAGGAUACAGUGUGCCAGGAACGCCCUGGGUGACUCCUUACUUGGUGCAGACUGCCCCUCCACACAUGCAACAGGUCGACAUGAUGCCAUCAGCCGACCCUAGUAAUCCACAGUAUAGUAUGAUUCCACAACUAACUACACAAAUGUCUACGUUACAUCUUGGCACUGGUUCCUACAUAGCAAGCCCUCAUCCCUAUCCUUAUACUACUUAUCCUCCUAGCAUUAUUCAUACCAUGCCACUGGGUGAUUCUGAACAAACAAGUAAUGCAGCAUCUCCUGAUGAUUCUUACCAACAAUACCAAGCUCAGCAGCCCAAGUAGGCUAUACUUUUUAGGUUUCCGUUUUUUUAACAUUUCAGAUACGAUUACACCGAGGGUUAUGUAAGUUAGGAGAGCCACACCUGUUGAUACGAAGGAUUAUAUUAAUGAAGGAUAGAUAAGGCUAAAUACAUUACAUAAAGUCAGAUAAGAUUCUUCCUCAUGAUAAUUGACUUGCCAGCCAUCUUUUAUACAUUUUAUCCAUCAGAUAAAUAGGUGAAAGUAGUUAAUAUUUUCCAAUGAUUAGAGAAUGAAUGUUGUCAUAAGAACGGGGUACGAGUGCUUGUGUCAUCUACAUUGUUCGGCACCAGCACGGCUCCAUACGCUGUAACGCCAACACAUCAUUACGACAGUGACAAAGCUGAUAUUCUGCGACGGACAGUUUAGUGUCAAGCUGAUAGGCUUCCAGGAUUAACUUUAGGUAUUACAUUUACUAAGGAAACGAUAAGUCGAAGCUGAAGGCUUUGAGAGUGUGAAUAAAAUAUUUUAACAAAAACUGUAAACUAUAAAAGAAACGCUGCUCAGAAAUAUACAAAGGAGAAUUCUUCCCAAGAAAUAAUAAUAAUAAUAAUAUACAGAAAAAAGCACUUCCAAAUGCUAGAAUUGAUAAAAAAAAACAUUCAGAUUCGGUUACUUAUAAUCAGUACCUACCGGACUUUCGUGCCAGCUGGCUGGCCGGUGGCUGGGCUGCGAAGAGAAGGGGUUGUGGAUCAGUACUUCUUUUUCACAGAAGAUACUGAAGAAAAGAGCUCUUCCUUAACAGCGCACACCACCCCAUCCACUAACUGCACUCUCAUCAUAUUAUUUCUUUUUGUUUUCUUCUGUUUCGUUCAGACAUUCCAAGCCAGGCACAUAUAUUGUAUGUAUGUAUUGCCACGCGGAGAUUUUUAUCUACUUUUACAAGUACAGUUCGCGUUCUCUUUUUAAUCACGGACGAAUAUAUUUUAUGGACGAAAAAGAAGUGAAGAUUUUAAGAGAGAGAGAGAGAGAGAGAGAACGAGAGAGAGAGAGAGAGAGAGAGAGAGAAAGAUGAAGCUUUAUUUCUAAAAGAAAAAAAAACUUCAGGAUAUAUGUAAUUAUUGUAACAAGAGGGAAAGGAACAUAGUACUUUUUAGAAGAUUUAUAUUUAUGAGUACAGUUACUACGAAUUGAUAUCAGUUUUAAUUGUACAGUGAAUACAGAUAUUUUUUUUAGAAUUGUGCCUUUUCAGACAAAUCCGCUAGACUGGGAUAUGCUGAAAAAUAUUAUAAUAUAUUUUUACGUCGGUAUGUAAAUGCGAAACUUGAGCCAAAUUUUGAUCUUCUAGUUAAGAGAAUAUAAUUGUUUUUGCGUUGUAGCCAGUUAAAUAUCACUACGUUUGUUUUUUGGUUAUGAAUUCGAAUAGAUUUUGUAUGUGUAUAGUUGCCACUAACGGGAUUGACGAACCGAAAACAUCUGUACGGUUCGUACGGAGUCUAGGAACAAAAAAAAAUGAUAUGAAAUCAAAUGGCGGAUCAUUGUUAACUGAGACUAAUCCAUACCGCCCCAAAAGAAAAUGAGAGAGAGACAGAAUAGGCUUGUUACAACGGAAUACGAUAGAUAGAGUGUAAAUUAAUUUAUUAUAUCGAACAAACGAAUAAAAUCGCGUUGCAAAUGAAAACGAAAAAGAUAAUGGGACUGGAGUAGAACGAUAGGUGAGAGGAUCGAACGCGAGGAAACAAAAAGAAACGUAAAAUACAGAAUAUAAGUUGAAAAUUUUCUAUCUACGCGGUAUCGAGAGAGAGAGAGAGAGAGAGAGAAAGAGAGAGUGAGAGUGAGAGAAAACGGAGAAGCAAAAGAUUUAAAGACAAAAAAAAGAAAAAACACCCUCCUCUCCUGCGUUCCUCUAAGCCCGUUUUUACAUUUGGCACAGUUUUCACGUUGUCUGACUUAGGUCGAGUCGAGGAACGAUUAGCAGAAAGCUUUCUACCAAAUAUUACGAGCUCCAGGCUCGAAGUGGCGGGCAGGUAGUUAGAUAGAGUUAGAGGCGAUCGUAGCUAUUAUUAUAAUAUUACAAUAAUAUGCUGUAUUAUUAUAAUUAAUGAUUACUAUUAUUGACGUCAUCUAAAGUAUGAAAGAUUUUUACACUGUUGAGACUUGAAGUAAAUAAUAUAUUUAGUUUAUUUUGGUACAUCACGAUUUGAUGACAAGAGAUAAAAGAUGAAAAAAGUGGUAUGAACUAUUUUUUAAGAGACCGAUUAUUACUCGAUUUGAGUCCAUGCAUUAAGGGAAACUAAAAAAAAAAAAAAAAAUAAGAGAGCGAGAGAAAGAAAGAAAGAAAGAAGAGAACCUAUUUGCGAGUGUGUAAAUUGUUUGCACAAGCGAUUGUCACCAUGACUGACAACAAAAAUCACAUGUGAUUAAAUAGUGAAUUUUGAAGAAUUUUACUAAUAGACUUGUACUAAAUAACUAAUUAUUAUUGUGACGACCAAAACAAAAAAAAGAGCAGCAUUUUUAUAGUGCUGACCGAGAGCGGAAGAACGAUUGUUCGGCCGACAUAAAUGCCAGCUCCCGCAGAUACGGAGCCGCACUGGAGAGCGGGCAGAGAGGAGAGAAAGAGAGUGAGGAAGAUCAAUGAAUGCAAGGGACAAUGAGCGAAAGAGACGUGAAGAAUCAUAGAAGGCGAAUGAAAGUGCGUGAGGUAGAAAUUUAAAAGAAAAUGUAUGUAGAAAGCAGGGGGGUAGAAGAAAGUUGAAUGAUAAAAUGAGCGGGGGGGGGGGGAGAAAGAUAGAUGUUAGAAUGUGAAAUAUACAAGAGAGAAAGUAAGAGUGAACAUAUGAGAAAACAAGAGCGAAUGCGUCGUAAUCUAUUGUAUAGAACCUGGAAAGAAAGAGAUGUUGUGUAGUUAGUGUUGACUAUAAAUAUAUAGGAUAGGUACCAUUUUUGGAAGUAAUCAAUUAAGUGAUUAAGUUUAGGUAGAUAGUUAGGUGAUAGUUAGGAUACAUAUACAACUGCCUCUCCUCGUUAAAAAAACGCAAAAAAAAAAGAAACGAAAACACAUCAGGCGAGGCACCGUUCAGCCUAUGCACCUCGCACCCGUCAAGACUGACUGGCUAUUCAUAUUAAUAAUAAAUAUAUAUUAUUCUACAACAUAUUAUCUACUGUAAUAUAAAUAGUAAGAACUGCUUGCUGCGCACCGCGGGUCAGGUGCUUGGGCUGGCCGGGCGUGGUUUACGAAAAAGAAGAAAAAACCCAAUCUCUUUUUUGAAACGUAAUGUUUCCAAGCAAUGCUGCUUUUCGUAAGCUUUCUUUAGAAUUUCUAGCGUAGCCUCUUUUUAGAUUAGAUUCACAACUAGUAGUCGUAGGCUGAUGAUGUAGAAAGUUGAGAAUAAAAAGGAAAAAAACGUAGGGUGUUUUUAAGUAAUGAAACAAAAAAAAAAUAAGUAAUAUAAUGUUAGUCGAACGUCGGCUUAAGCGAUAAAAAGAAAUAAUAAGAAAGAUGCGAGUCCGAGUUGAGACUUUGAUGAUGCCCGAUAAUGUGACGCGCGUCAUCGUACUUCGACUUGUACAGUCCUUAGAUUUCACCGAGGUUUUAAGUCAUUGUUUUACUAUUGUUAAGGAGAUAGGUUUUUAGCUAUAACGAGAGAGAGAGACGAACAUUUUUCCAUUUGCCCCAUCGUUCUGCUUUUUUUUUACUUCGACCCUUCCUGUAUCUUUUCUAAUUUCUUUUUCAUAACUUUCCCCUGCUCCUUAAUCCAAUAUCCGUUGUAUUUGUCGAUACAUACGAAUCUUCUCUUCAUAAGCGUCAAGACGAAAGAACGACAUUUGUAAUUAUACAAAAAAAAAAAAAAAAAAAAUUGCCAUUACUAUAUUCGAUUCAUUUUGUUUGUUUCUUCUCUCCACUAUAUAAUUAAUUGUUAUGUGGUGUGCGACCAAUGAGAAUAUACAUGAGAAUUAAAAAUUUCAUAAAUUUCAAGAUGAGAGAAAGAGGGAGUGAAAGGGACAGAGAGCGAGAGAAAGGAAAGAAACAAAAUAUGAUGUUGAGGCAUUAAGUUAGACAGUUCGCAUCCGUAAACGAGGAUUAAGUAAUCGGGAGGGAAAAAAACAUAAAAAAAAGUAAAAAAUGAACACACACAUUAGGUUCUCGGAUACUUUUAAGAUGGCGAGGCAUAGCACGUAAUGAAAUUCUUAGAUUAAGGCAAGUGUGUCAUAGCUAGUUAAGUAAUAGGGGCUCUUAGAAGUCGAUAGGUGCUGUAAUAAAAUGAAAAAAAAUGAAGAAGUAACAAGAACAACAACAACAAAGUUUAACAACGGUCAGAAUUAGAUUUUUCAUGGAACUCGAAUAAGAACACAGGGCAUACGCCACUAAAAGUGCCCUUAGUUUAUUUUGGAUCGUUUAAAAACGCUAGUCUUUGUGUGAGAUAAUGUGGGGGUUAUAGAUAGGGUCUUCUAAAAAAGAAAAAAAAACGAAAAAAAGAAGAGAAAAACAAAAAACGCAAACAGAAAACAAAAAGAGAGAGAGAGAGAGCGAGAGAGAACGUGAGAUAUAAGUAGUAAAUACAAAAGAUAAAAAAGAAACACAUAUGAGAUGCGCGAGAACAAGAGAGAGAGAGAGAGAGAGAGAAAGUGUGAGACGAAUGUGUGGUGUGUAGGUUGUAUGCAUAAUUUAUAAUGCGUACUUUAAAUAAAAAGAACAACCAUCUGCCUAUGACACGACACAGACUGCAGAGACACACUGUUACUGUAAACUGCACACUGCGUGUGCACGCUCUAAACGUCACACACUUCUUACACUUUGUAUGUGGAGCGUGCACCGAACAGUUUUUAGAGUUACUUACAAGUAUGGUUUGGUAUUCAAAGUGAAAGAAUCAAAUUCUUAAUUACUAUCAUCCCUUAUUUUUGAUCAAUAAACGAUCUGUUUUGGGGA